GGCGUCGCGGAGGCGGGACUCUGGCCGCCGUUUUUUGCAGCUGCGCUCACCGCGGGCUCUGGGCUCAGCUCUGCGGACUCCCGGCUCCCGGCGUGGACGCCAUGGUGCUGUGCCCGGUGAUCGGGAAGCUGCUGCACAAGCGCGUGGUGCUGGCCAGCGCCUCCCCACGCCGUCAGGAGAUCCUCAGCAACGCGGGUCUGAGGUUUGAGGUGGUCCCCUCCAGGUUUAAAGAGAAGCUGGACAAAGCCUCCUUCGCCACUCCGUACGGGUACGCCAUGGAGACCGCCAAGCAGAAGGCCCUGGAGGUGGCCACCCGGAUGCACCAGGCAAGGGGUCCCUGUCCUUCUGUCCCCAUGAAAAUUCCUUUACGGUCGGGGCUGAUUCUGAGAGCCGGUGGACAAGCAGGACGCUACAGGAUGCUGUCCCGGUUGAGUGGGAAAGAACACAGCGUGUUCACAGGCGUCGCCAUCGUCCACUGCUCCAGCAACGACCGUCAGCUGCACACCAGGGUCUCGGAAUUCUACGAGGAAACGACGGUGAAGUUCUCGGAGCUGUCUGAGGAGCUGCUCUGGGAAUACAUCCACAGCGGGGAGCCCAUGGACAAAGCUGGCGGCUACGGGAUCCAGGCCCUGGGCGGGAUGCUGGUUGAGUCUGUGCACGGGGACUUUCUGAACGUCGUGGGCUUCCCGCUGAACCACUUCUGCAAGCAGCUGGUGGAGCUCUACUACCCACCCCGCCCGGAGGACCUGCGGCAGCCCGUGCAGCACGACUCCAUCCCAGCCGUGGACACCUUCGAAGACCUCGGUGAUGUGGAGGGGGGCGGCUCGGAGCCUGCUCAGAGGGAGACGGGCAGCUGCGAUGAGAAGGCCGAGGCGAGAGCGGCCGGACGGGCCACGGCCGAGGCUGAGUGCCACAGGACUCGGGCGACCCUGCCCCCGUUCCCCACACGCCUCCUGGAACUGCUGGACGGCUUUAAACUAUCAAAGGCCCUGCUCACUGCUUGCAAGCUGAAGGUGUUUGAUUGGUUAAAAGAUGAAGCACCCCAGAAGGCUCCAGAUAUUGCCAGCAAAGUGGACGCCUCUGUGUGUGGAACAGAGAAGCUUCUGGACGUCUGUGCUGCCAUGGGGCUCCUGGAGAAGACAGAGCAAGGUUACAGUAACACGGAGACAGCGAACCUUUACCUGGCCUCGGACAGUGAGUACUCUCUGCACGGCUUCAUGUUGCAAAAUAACGACGUCAUCUGGAACCUCUUCACGUACCUGGAGUUUGCCAUCCGAGAGGGGAGAAACCAGCACCACAGGGUGCUGGGGAAGAAGGUGGAAGAUCUGUUCCAGGACGCGUACUACCGGAGCCCGGAGACGCAACUGCGGUUCAUGCAGGCCAUGCACGGCGUGGCGAAGCUGACUGCGCGCCAGGUGGCCACGGCCUUCGAUCUGUCCCGCUUCUCCUCCGCCUGCGACGUGGGAGGUGGGUACAGGAAGAAGGAGGAGUACAGCCUAUACCCCUGGGCUAGAAGGAUUUCCUGCAGGUUCGUGCUCCCACACGUGGCCCAGAGUGGCUACAAGGUUGCACCACUCAUCGUGUAUACAUCCCCAUGGCAGGAAGGAGAAGGAGAGUACAGCGACACCCCUGGGCUGGAAGGAUUUCCUGCAGGGCUGCACGUGCGCUGGCUCGAGAGCUGGCCCCGAGCACUUCAUGGGUCUCCAGGUGACCGUGGCUUGACCUCCCGACGCCGGGCCGAGCUGGCCGCCCGGGCUUCAGCCUGGCCGGGACCGCAGGCAGCUGGGAUCCACUUGGCAGCCCGCCUGUGCAUGUGUCUGCGCCCCGAAGAGGGAGGGCGAGGUGGCCUGAUACAGCCGCCUGGGAAUAUGCUGGUGCAGACUGAGGGCAGGGAGCGGAGCAGAGGCGAGUACUAGUGUUUGCUGAGCUGCACGGCUUCUACCCAGGUGCAGGUGGUGCACUUGGAGGGUGUCCUGGAUGCCAUGUUGGCUACUCAGAGUGGCCCCCCUGAAGCCCAGGCAGCGGUUCAUUAUAGGGACGCCUCCCCCAGGCUGCAGGUGGA